AUGUCCGACACGGCUCCUCCUGAACCUACCGCGCUCCCUGCGCUGUCCGAUGCGCCCCCAUCCAGCGCCGGUCGCUCGUCCGCUGGUUACUCGGGGGCGGUCGACCAGCAGCCACAAGCGGCCAUUUCCGAUGAGCUCAAGGCUCGUUUGGACAAAGUGAUCUACUCGGAGAUCGGUAUCACCACCCUCCUGACUCGAUUGAAGCAGAGCGUGGCCUCCGCCAGGGAUUUCUCGACCUUCCUGAAGAAGCGCGGCACCCUUGAGGAGGAGCAUGCUCAGGGGCUGCGGAAGCUGUCCCGCGCCGUCAAUGAUGCCGCGCAGCGCACCGAGAACCGACAGGGCACCUACAGCGCGAGCUACAAAGAUAUCCACCACCUGCAAGAGCGCAUGGCCGACCAUGGCCUGCAAUUCUCCGUCUCCCUCCAGCAGAUGGCCGACGACCUGCACGAACUCGCCACGAACAUCGAACGCGGUCGCAAGCAGUGGAAGCAGACCGGGUUGGCAGCAGAGAAGAAAGUCACGGAUGCGGAGUCUCAGGCCGAGAAGGCCAAGGCGAAAUAUGAGUCGUUCGCGGAGCAGUACGACCGUGUGCGCACGGGUGAUAAGCAGGGCGGCAAGUUCGGCCUGAAGGGCCACAAGUCGGCGGCUCAGCAUGAGGAGGAUCUCCUGCGCAAGGUCCAGCAUGCAGAUAGUGACUAUGCGUCCAAGGUCCAGGCGGCACAGGCCGCGCGCCAGGAAUUGGUCUCUACCCACCGGCCGCAGGCAGUGCAUCAUCUCCAGCAGCUGAUCGCAGAGUGUGACUCGGGGUUGACCCUGCAGCAGCAGAAGUUCGCUACAUUCAGCGAGAAGCUGCUUCUCGGCCAAGGCCUCUGUGUCAGCCCUAUGAAAACCGAGAACGGAACCCUUGCAGUCAAGAGUCUCGCCGAGGUGGUCCGCCAGGUCGACAACCAGAAGGACUUGCACGAAUUCAUUCUCGGCCAUGAAGGGAACCCGGGCGCUGUCAGUGGGCCAGAGGUCAAAUAUGAACGCCAUCCAACCUUGGGCGGCGGAACUGCUGCUCCUGCUGCGCCAUCGCAGUCAAGCACCCAGGCCAAACGCCAGUCUUCCUUGCCUCAGUCCUUCUCUCAGCACAACGUCUCUUCCCCAGCCAGCCAACCGCCUCCGAGCACUACCGACCGCUUCCAACCACUGCCAUAUCCCAUACAGUCCGAGCCUGCACCGGCACCUCCAUCCCAGCCACCGUACCCUGUCUCCGGGCCGCCUGCUCAGGAACCCGCCCCCGCCGCCAUCGCCGCCGCCCCUGCUCCAAUGCUGGGUGGUACGGCUCCAUUAAUGCCCGGCCCACCCCCCAUGGACAAGGCUACUCUGCAGUCCAGCUUACCACCGUUGAAGCCGGUGUUUGGUGUGUCGUUGGAUGAUUUGUAUGCUCGAGAUGGAACCGCCGUGCCGUUCCUCGUCUACCAGUGUUUCCAGGCCGUGGAGCUGUUUGGUUUGGAAAUGGAGGGUAUCUACCGCCUUUCUGGUAGCGCUAAUCACAUUAACCAUAUGAAGGCGGUCUUUGAUAACGACUCCUCACAAGUCGAUUUCACCAACCCCGAGAACUUCUACCACGAUGUAAACAGUGUUGCCGGCCUUGUGAAGCAGUUCUUCCGGGAUCUGCCCGACCCGCUGUUUACCUCGCAGUUCUAUUCCCAGUUCAUCGAUGCUGCUCGCAUCGACGAUGAUAUCCAACGGCGCGAUUCGUGCCAUGCCCUCAUCAACAGUCUGCCCGACGCGCACUAUGCCACCCUACGCGCCGUGAUCCUGCACUUGAACAAAGUCCAAGAACACUAUACCUCGAACCGCAUGAACGCCGGCAACCUGGCAAUCUGCUUCGGACCAACCCUGAUGGGCGCCAACUCAGGAGGCAACAUUGCCGACGCAGGUUGGCAAGUCCGCGUCAUUGAAACGAUCCUCAACAACACAUUCCAGAUCUUCGAUGAUGACUAG